GUACAGAGGCUGUGGCGGGACGGAGAAAGAGUCUUUAAACUGACGUGAAUUGUUCUCAUUUCGUUUAAAUGCAGGUCAAUGGUUAUUUGGUGUAAAGUAGAUCAAAGACAAAAUGGCAUUUAUUACAUGUCUACACUGACAAUCACUCAUUAAUGUGAAGUUGAGCUGGAUGCAGUUUCUAUGACAUUUAUUGACACUUUCUUCUUAUUGUUAGUUACCUAUUGUGUUAUGGCAGAAGGUUCGUAAUAGUAAGGUCUGAGGUUCAUGAAACCAAAAAUAGCUGUUAUCAGCAUGACUGUGCAGUUGAGUGAGCGUAUCUUCCGCAUGUGGAGCGUAACCGACCGUGUCAGCGGGUGACAGACGAAGCCGCAGAGAGCGAGAGCUGCAGCAGGACCAUUGAGAAAAAGAAGACGCAUCCCGGCAUGACCUCAGCUCACCCGCUCACACAGGGCUCCCAAUCCUGGCUAUCAAAUCCAGACGGAAGUACCGCAUUUUGAUAAAAAAAGAAAAAAUGAGGAGACCGAGUGUCUGGUGAAUUGACAACAGGACGAGGAGGUUCUCAGAGAGGAUGGACGACGGAAACAUAACGGCGUUUGUUCUUCUGCUCGGCGUCGUGGCAGGAGCCAUGACAGUGUGUGGACAAAGUCUGGACGUGUGCGCCACCUGCCACACAAACGCCACAUGUGAAGACAAAGACGACGGCUCCGGCAAAGUCUGUAACUGCAAGUACGGCUUUGUUGGAAAUGGAAGAACCUUCUGUCAAGAUAAAGAUGAAUGUCAGAUAGGAGCCAGUAAUAUCUGUGGGCAGCACACCACCUGCCACAACACGUACGGCAGCUUCUACUGUACCUGCCACGACGGCUACAGCCCGUCUAACAGCAUGUCCACCUUCAUCCCCAACGAUGGGACCCACUGCACAGACAUUGAUGAAUGCAGGGUCGCGGGGCUGUGCGGUGAGGGAGGGAGCUGCAGGAACCUGGAAGGCAGCGUCGAGUGCAGCUGUGAGGUCGGGUACCGCGUCCAGAACGGAGCCGAACCCUUUCACCCCCGCAGAGACCGGGCUGCCUGCAAAGAGGUGGACUGCGGUCGGCCCGUCCCAGUGGAGGACACGGUGCUGCUCUCAGUCACAGGGACCACGUACGGCAGUGAAGCCACGUACGCCUGUGACCAGGGCUUCGUGUGGAGGAGCGGAGACAACAGCUCCGUGUGUGGAGCUGACGGCCGAUGGAAAGGCCCCACUUUGGCCUGUGAAGAGGUUGACUGUGGUCCUCCACCCGCCCUUCCUCACGCUCAGAUGCUGUGGAAUGAGAGCUCAAAGAUGGGCGCCGAGGUGGUUUAUCAGUGUAACCCUGGAUAUCAUAAUGUUGGAAAGGGCAACGUCUCCACCUGUUCAGCUGCAGGACAGUGGGAGAGGCCGCCUUUGCUUUGCCAAGAGACUUUGUGUGGUCGUCCUCGUAAAAUCGAAACCACCGAGCAGGUGUGGGAUGGUAACUCAUCUCCCGGCAGCACUGUGCUCUAUAUCUGUAAGGAGGGAUUGUAUAACCGAGGAACGAGCAAUGUGUCGGUCUGUAACACAAACGGUCAGUGGACAGUCCCAGCUCUGUCGUGCCAAGAGAUAUUAUGUGGGGAUCCUCCAGCGCUGCCCCACACUGGGCAGGUGUGGAACGGCAGCUCCAGCCCCGGCAGCACAGUCACUUACUACUGUAAAAUAGGAUUUUCCCACAGUGAAGGAGAUAACGUCUCGCUGUGCACUCGUAACGGUUCCUGGACAAGGCCCAGCAUGUCGUGCCAAGAGGUCCACUGCGGCGCCCCCCGGCCCGUCCCUCACGCCGUCAUGCUGUGGGACGCGGGCUCCGCUUUCGGUUCUCGGGUGGUUUAUGGGUGUGAACCUGGAUAUCGCAGUGUUGGACGGGGGAACGUCUCGGUUUGUACAGCCAGCGGGGAAUGGGAGGAGGCGUUGCUGCAGUGUGAAGAAAUCACUUGUUCUGAGCCCGUCUUUAAACCUCACGCUAAAAUGCUGUGGGACGGCACCUCACACAUUGGGAGCGUGGUUUAUUACCAGUGUGAUGAAGGGUAUCGGACCAGGAGCCCACAGAAUCACUCAGUGUGUGGAGAGAAUGGACAAUGGGAGGACGUUGAUCUAUGGUGUGAAGAAAUAAGCUGUGGUCCCCCACAUAGCCCCCCCUAUACUAACCUCCUGUGGGACCACACCAGCAAACCGGGCAGCACGGUGUGGUAUGAGUGUAUGGAUGGAUUUUACCUGGAGAGUGGAAAUAAUAAUUCAGUAUGUUCAAUAUCAGGAGUGUGGGGGGAAGUAUCUGUGACGUGCAAAGCUAAAUGUGGUCCGGCUCCCUUCCUUGCCCACGCGGAGGUGGUGUGGCACAACACCAGCGUUGUGAUCCACCGCUGUGCAGAUGGGUUUCACAGCUGGAGGGGCAGCGGCGUCUCUGUGUGCGGCGGCGCGGGGGCGUGGCACAGAGCUACUCUCAGAUGCAUAGAAAGAAAGCCGCCAAUCAACCACCUGUUUGUCCAGAACCAAAAAUGUUUACACUGGAGAGCGGAGAAGUAUGAAGAGGAUACAGAGGUUUAUAAGGUGGUGUUCACGGGGUCUAGAGACUUCCAGAGGUCUUUUCACGACCAAAGGAAACAAUUUCUGAGCUCUAAGGCCGAGCAGCUGGAUCUCUGCCUCAACCUGCUCCCAGUGACGAACUACAGCAUCUUCAUCACUGCAGUCACUGCCAAGUUCACAGCCAGCACCACCGCUAACACCAGCUUAACAGUGCCUCCUGCACCACUUGUUUACUACAGGGAAUUUGAAACUCUCGCACCAACACUGAGUCUUCGCAGAUCAGUGAGCACACUGGACCCAAUCAGUUUGUACCAAGUGUUGGUGCUUCCUGCGGAGGGGAUUGUUGUGUUUGAUUGUUCCUCUUCUGGAAGCUCAGACCCUUCAGUCCAGAACACACGCUCCUCAGAGUACGUCGCUGCUCAGAUCCAUGUCAGACAUGUUGGGACACAGAUGAACUUUACUGUAGGGGACAGACUUCACUAUGGAGGAUUCUUUAAUGCUCCACUGGAACAUGGCAGAGACUAUUACAUCAUCCUACGUGCUGUCAGCCAGUGGAAAACAGCUUUGAAAAGUGUGUGUGUCAUGUGGGCUAAAGUAAAAGGCACAUCUUCUAGUCUGAGGGUUUCCUUGUUGUCUGCUGCUGCAUCAGUAGUGGUGGUUGCCAUGGUGAUUCUGGGUGGAUACAUUUUCACCAGGUAUGGUGGAUACAAAGCACAGCACAUUAUUCACCUGAUAAUGUGUGAAACUAUAUCAUUUAACUAUAUGGAUUGGUUCAUAAGUUACCAAUAGAUUGAAGAAUGUUAACUAGUAGUAGCAAUAGUAUUAAUAGCAGUAGUACUAACAAUAUUAUACUUAUAUUAAUAAUAACAGUUUCAAGUUUUUUCUUGUGUAGUUUAUAAAUAACCUAAACAACGUAAUCACAAACUGAAACAUAAUAGUCAGCCAUUUAAAGAAAGACAACUGUCAUACCUGUUGUAACAAGAAAUGUUUUGCGCCACCAGACAAUUUAAAUAUAUCUUUCAACCAUGUUUUUUCUU